CGGCUGACAUUCCAGGAUGUGGCCAUAGACUUCACUCAAGAGGAGUGGGAAUGCCUGGACCUCGGGCAGCGAGAAUUGUACAGGGACGUGAUGUUAGAGAACUACAGGAACCUGGCCUCCUUGGGUCUUGUGGUCUCUAAGCCAGACCUGGUCACCUUUCUGGAGCAAAUGAAGAAUCCCUGGGAUAUAAGGAGACUGGAGACGCCAGCCAUAUACACAGGUUUUCCACUAAAUGAGAGAACACACACUGGAGAGAAGACUUACAAUUGUGAAUAUGGUGAUGUUUCUAAUCAGUCUUCAAAUCUCACUCAACAGCAGAGUAUUCAGAAUCCGCAGAAAAGUUACAAGUGUACGAAAUGUGAGAAAGCCUUUACUAACUCAUCCAGUCUAAGUAGACACAGGAAAAUUCAUUCAGGAUGGAAACCUUUCAAAUAUAUAGAGUGUGGCAACACCUCUAAUCAGAAUUCAGAGCUUAGUCAAGAUCAGCAAAUCCACACUGGCAAGAAACCUUAUGAAUGUAAGGAAUGUGAAAAAGCAUUUAUGUGUUACUCAAACAUUAGUAGACAUCAGCGAAUUCACACUGAGGAGAAGCAUUAUAAAUGUACAAAGUGUGGCAAAGCCUUUAAUCAGAAGUCACAUCUUACUGAACACCAGAGAAUUCAUACUGGAGAGAAGCCUUAUAAAUGUAAAGAAUGCGGAAAAGCCUUCAGUCACAACUUAACUCUUACUAACCACCAGCGAAUUCAUACUGGAGAGAAGCCUUAUAAAUGUAAGCAUUGUGGCAAAGAAUUUCACCAGUGCUCAGGUCUGAUUUACCAUCAGGGAAUUCAUACUGGAGAGAAACCUCAUAAAUGUACAGAAUGUGGGAAAUCCUUUAGUCAGAACUCAGCUCUUACUCAACACCAGCGAAUUCAUACUGGGGAGAGGCCUUAUAAAUGUAAGGAUUGUGGCAAAGCGUUUAGACAGCUCUCAUGUCUUACUAAACAUCAAGUAAUCCAUACUGGAGAGAAGCUUUAUAAAUGUAAGGAUUGUGGCAAAGAAUUUAACCAGAGCUCAGGUCUUACUAACCAUCAGAGAAUUCAUACUGGAGAGAAGCCUUAUAAAUGUAAAGAAUGCGGAAAAGCUUUCAGUCACUACUCAACUCUCACUCAACACCAGAGAAUUCAUACUGGGGAGAGACCUUAUAAAUGUAAGCAUUGUGGCAAAGACUUUAGCAAGCACUCAGGUCUUUCUUACCAUCGGAGAAUUCAUUCUGGAGAGAAGCCUUAUAAAUGUAAGUAUUGUGGAAAAGAAUUUAACCGGAGCUCAUGUGUUACUUACCAUCAGAGAAUUCAUACUGGAGAGAAGCCUUAUAAAUGUAAGGAUUGUGGCAAAGCCUUCAGUCACCCCUCAACUUUUACUAAACACCAGCGAAUUCAUACUGGGGAGAGGCCUUAUAAAUGUAAGGAUUGUGGCAAAGACUUUAGCAGGCACUCAGGUCUUACUUACCAUCAGAGAAUUCAUACUGGAGAGAAGCCUUAUAAAUGUAAGGAUUGUGGCAAAGCCUUUAGACAGCACUCAUGUCUUACUAAACAUCAAGUAAUCCAUACUGGAGAGAAAUCUUAUAAAUGUAAAGAAUGCGGAAAAGCCUUCGGUCACUACUCAAAUCUUACUCAACACCAGCGAAUUCAUUCUGGAGAAAAGCCUUAUAAAUGUAAAGAAUGUGGAAAAGCCUUCAGUCACCACUCAAAUCUUACUCAACACCAGAGAAUUCAUACUGGAGAGAAGCCUUAUAAAUGUAAGGAUUGUGGCAAAGAAUUUAAUCAGUGCUCAGGUCUUACUUACCAUCAGAGAAUUCAUAUUGGAGAAUAA